GACACGUCCCUCAAUGUCUACAUUCGCGAUUAUGCGAAACUUCGUGGCACAAAAGCCAUGUGCCACGAAGGUGGCUGCGGCGCCUGUAUCGUGGCUGCAAAAAUCAAGGGCAAGACAAUGGCUGUAAAUUCUUGUCUUGUACCAGUACUUAUUUGCGAUGGAUGGGAUAUUCACACAAUUGAAGGCUUAGGUAACAUACGAGAUGGUUAUCAUACGAUUCAAGCUACACUUGCUCAAAAAAAUGGGUCGCAAUGCGGAUAUUGUUCUCCCGGUAUGGUGAUGAAUUUAUACAG